GUUUUCCUCCUCACAAAUCUAGCCCUGAACGUCUUGAAUUCACAUUCCCCCAUAAAAAAUUAAGGGUCCCUUGGAGAAUCCAACUUUCUGAGGGGACACCUACUGCUACAAUGUGUGUGAAGAUACUAUUGAAAAACUCCCCACACUCCAUACCUAUGUCAGAGUCUGUCUCAUAGGAGAAUUUUUUUUUUUUUUCCAGAGCUCAAUUUUGGAAAGACCUCACUGUUUUCUUGCCCCUGAGGAAGUGGUAACUGUUUCUAUGAGAACAAUUAGAACAACAAAACCGACCAGGGCCGCCAAUGUUCCAGCUGACAGCCACCCCCGCCAGCGCCCUUUCUGAUGAGCCUGUGCACAUCCGAGCGACAGGCCUGCCUCCGCUGCAGCCGCUGACCCUCAAAGCAUCCCUGAAGGAUGAGAAGGGAAACCUCUACCAGUCCAAGGCCUUCUACCAGGCUGACGAGGCCGGCGAGCUGGACCUGCAGCGGGCUCCUUCCAUGGGAGGUGACUACGUGGGGGUCCACCCCAUGGGCCUCUUCUGGUCUCUGAAGCCUGAGAGGCCCUUUGGGAGGCUGCUGAAGAGGGAUGUGAACAGCCCCUUCUUGGUCACGCUGGACCUGUACGACUUCCUUUGCUCCCAAGAUCCAGCCCCGGCUCCGCCCCGGGCCAGCCAGGUGGUGCAGCGCUGGUUCUGCCGCCCAGGGACGCAGCGGGUGCCCAUCCGAGAGGGCCGUGUGCGGGGCACCCUCUUCCUCCCUCCAGGGGAAGGCCCUUUCCCAGGAAUCAUGGACUUAUUUGGGGGUGUGGGGGGUCUCAUAGAAUUCCGAGCCAGCCUGCUGGCUGCCCGUGGCUUUGCAGUCCUGGCAGUAGCUUACUUUGCCUACGAAGACCUGCCCACGCGGCUGGAGGAGGUGGACCUGGAGUAUUUUGAGGAGGCUGCCAACUUGCUACUAGCUCAUCCAAAGGUCCGAGGGCCAGGCAUCGGCGUGCUGUCUGUGAGCAAAGGCGCGGAGAUCGGGCUGGCCAUGGCCUGCUUCCUCAAGCAGGUGGCAGCCGCUGUCCUCAUCAACGGGCCUAACGCCGUCUGCGACUUCCCGUUCAGGUACCGGGGUCUGGUCAUGUCCCCCAUCCCCGCGUUCCUGGAGCGCAUGCAGGUGCACGUCUCCGGGGCCGUGCGCCUCCUCCACUUCAGGGGGGACCCGCGGGAGAAGCUGAAUCAGCCGAGCGUGUUUCCUAUCGAAAAGGCCCGGGGUCAGAUCCUCUUCGUCAUAGGAGAGGAUGACCAAUCAAUCAAAAGCAAAGCCUAUGCUGAGCAGGCCCUGGAGCAGCUGAAGAGCCACGGGAGGAGCAAUGGAAGGAUGCUGGUCUACCCGGGCGCAGGCCACCUUCUAGAGCCGCCCUACGCACCCCUGUGCUAUGCUUCCCGUAUCUAUUCUGUUUCCGCUUACGCUUCCAAUAAUCACCCCCUUGCGCUAUCCCGCAAUUACUCCCUUUCUCAGCCCCUGCUCUGGGGAGGGGAGCCUGCAGCGCAUGCUGCAGCCCAGGAACACGCCUGGGGGGAGAUCCAGAAGUUCUUCAGACAGCACCUCACGCAAGCCAGAAGCCAGCUCUGAGCAAGGAUGAAGGCUGAGAUGGAGGAGGGAGAGAAAGAGAAAGAUGAGGCAGAGAUGUGGGAAGGAGUGGGCCCUCUUGAUAUCUCUAUAUUCACAGUCACCUUGAAUGAACUGCAAGAAAACUGGACGAAACCAAAGGACUAGGUGCCUCUGAUGUAUUUAUGACAAAUUUUUAUGCACUUUGAAUUUUUGUAAAUGGAAUAUUAGUUUAUAUGCACCAGGAAAUGCUGCUAUUUCAAUGCAAAUGGAAUAAUCUUUUGUACCCCAGUUAGGGAUAUACCUUGAAUCAAGGUAUUGCCAAUCUAGGUAAAUUCCCUGGAAUGUCCAAGUUACUUGUAGAAAUACAUUUUCUGUUUAAACUCUUUUGAGUUGAGUUUCUGACAUUUGAUGUGCAAUAUCACUAUCCAGUGUAAUGCUUGCUAUAGAUUUCCAGUUGAUACUUUAAUUUUUUUUUUUUAGAGUGGGAUGCUUCUUUUUAUUUCUAAAAUAUAUUUCUUAUUACAAUUUCAAUCAGGAAUUGGACUGAGUUGAAUCAAGUUCCUUUGUAGCAUUUAUUGAAAUUAAACGAGUUACUAUAUUUCAAGCUCUUAGAACAGUGCCUGGUGGACAGCAAUUUUUAUGAGUUAGCUAUUAUUAUUUGCAUAAUGAUUUCCUCCUUCAAUCUGUUAAUAUGGUGAAUUACAUUCAUUGAUGAACUAAUUUUGCAUAUUCAUCUAACUUUAAUAGAUGA